CAUACCCUGCCGGUUCUUUAUUUUAUGCACGUGCCCUCGCCUGCCCUUGUGUGCGACGUGGAUUACAGCAAUUUGCUUGCUUGUUUAAGGAACGCUAAGACACAGGCCUCACCAUGGAGGCUCCGAUGGAAACGCUCAUCAGUCUAUUGAGGGGGGACAGCAUUGAUUGGACCAAAGGACCUCAGCUUCCUAGGGAUAACAUUUUUUAUAGGCUUCGGAGAAAGGCGCCUCGCCUUGUUACAUCGCGCACUUACAACGAGCUCAGAGAGGUUAAACAUCAUGCUGCAGUCACUCAAGAACGAUAUGAAGAAGCUUACGAGGUGAAGUGUGUUUGGGAUGACAUUCGACAAGCCUGCUUGAAAACAGACGGUUUGCAACUGAUUGACACUUGUUAUUGGGAACAAGUUGACAAGGUGCAGUCUGAAAUUCUGCUCGCUGGAGACAUAGUUGCAGAGAAUCUUGUAGUGGAAUUUCACCUAAGUGAGAUGUGUAUUGAUGAGUUCCAUCAUGCAAUCUUAAAGCUUCUCGAGGACCGGGAUUCAGAGAUGAAAGAAGUAUUGAAGGCCCAUGACUGUUAUAAAGACGUGGGAGCUGCAGCUGAAGCAUUGGUUGCAAAUAUUGAUGACACUACAAUUUCAGCUGCAAACGAAUUGAUCUCCCAACGGCGGCAGUUGUGGCCAUUGGAAGAGAUGUUUCAAGACCUCGUCAAAAUGAUAUUGACAUUGCCUGAGCUGGGUGAAAAACCGAUGGCAUAUAUUGAGGACUUAUAUGAAGAUAAAAUACCAGAAUUAUUAAGACAAAUAGAAAAAUUAGAAGAACGACUCGAAUGGACAUUCAGCUCUGAGAAGCACAUCGGUGACUUUAUGGACGGAAUUUUUUCUAUGGCUAAAAAUAGACUUUUGUAUGCAGUUUCUGUAGUGGAAAAAAGAGUGCAAGAAAAGGAGAAAAAGCUUGACAAGUAUGAAGAACUCUUUUCGGAUCCAGAGUAUGACGCAUUGGUUGAAGACUUGAUGCGUUUGCUUCAGGAGGAUGAGUCGAACGUCUCAUUGUUCAAAAUGUCCCGGAAAUAAAAAGGGACUUGGCCGUCCACGUGAGGUGCCAGCUGCGCCCGUCCCGGAAAGCACCCCAAGCUGCAGCAAGGACCCCACUACCAAGCUAAGCAGGCUACACGGCUGCUUGUGGCAUCGUAUUAGAAGAGCAGCAGAAGAAUUUCUCUUUUUUGAAGAAUUCCAUGCUGUAUGCUCAUCUAUUUGUCACCCAAGGCAAAGACAGGCAGCAGCAACAGUGUUUCUUGAACAGUGCUUGAAGCGUUCAACUGUGGGACAUGUAUUCAGCAACGAGUCCCGUUGUUGGGCUUUUUUGAAAGAUUCCCGUGUAGUUUGUUUGCUGCCAUGACAGUAUUUAAGGUAGGAGGGCAAGUGACUGAUAUUUUUUCUGAACAAUAUUUACUAGAAAUGUCAUGUUCUACAACAUAAACCACAUCUUUUUAGGAACAUGUGAGGGUUAUAAAGCAACUCAUAUUUUUGUUAAUUUUUCGUAAUUUUUUUAUUUCAGUAAAAGUAUGCCUCGCGCAAACUCUCCAUACUCAAGCUCUGCUCGUUAAAAAAUAUGCAUUGUUUACAGGUACAUAUAAGAAGCUUUGGUCUUUACAAUCAACCAAAACUAAUGAGAUCUGAUGAAUAGAAAAAAUAUAUAAUGGUUAAAUAACUAAAAAAAGUAUACACUAGUACUAGGAGCACCGUUAUGUAACAGGCAGCCAUAUUAAAUCUCGCGGCACGAUUUUUCGAUUUUUUUCAUUGAGGUUCAUUGUAUGCCUAGCAAUGUGAUGAAGUGUUUUAAGUUUUAAUAAAAAAUGUUAAUUGACAA